AUGUCGUACGACCGCUACGUUGCCAUCUGCAAACCCCUGCACUACGGGACCCUCCUGGGCAGCAGAGCUUGUGUCCACAUGGCAGCAGCUGCCUGGGCCACUGGGUUUCUCUAUUCUCUGCUGCACACGGCCAAUACAUUUUCACUGCCCCUGUGCAAGGGCAAUGCCCUGGGCCAGUUCUUCUGUGAAAUCCCCCAGAUCCUCAAGCUCUCUUGCUCACACUCCUACCUCAGGGAACUUGGGCUUCUUGUGGUCAGUGCCUGUUUAGGUUUUACGUGUUUUGUGUUCAUUGUGGUGUCCUAUGUGCAGAUCUUCAGGGCCGUGCUGAGGAUCCCCUCUGAGCAGGGACGGCACAAAGCCUUUUCCACCUGCCUCCCUCACCUGGCCGUGGUCUCCCUGUUCCUCAGCACUCUCAUGUUUGCCUACCUGAAGCCCCCCUCCAUAUCCUCCCCAUCCCUGGACCUGGUGGUGUCAGUUCUGUACUCAGUGGUGCCUCCAGCAGUGAACCCCCUCAUCUACAGCAUGAGGAACCAGGAGCUCAAGGAUGCCUUGAGGAAACUACUUCAAUACUAA